AUGAAACCCAGCACUCCACUUACCCCAAUACAAACAGGGCAGAACGAGCUCUCACCUGAUCGGCUGCUAACCCGGAGGGAGAUAGGAAGAAUCCCCUGGUCUCGGUCAGCACUCCCCAGCCGAGGUCACAACUCGAAUCAUCAUGGAGCCCACAGCCCUCCCAAGGCCCGAAACCAACGACAAGCGAAGGGGAAAGACAGGACCCCCGGUAGCGUAAUCUGCAAAUGUGUUACAGCGCCAUCUGGUGGGCGCCCCGCGGGAGAACAGGCAAAUUGUGCCAAGAGACAGAGGGGGAAAGGGUUCAAUGUACACCUGAUCAUAAAUCUGUAA